AUGGAAAUCCAAUUUGGCCCGAAUUCCGUUGAAGAGCCGAAUCUGCUUUAUAAACUUCAACGGAAAUUGAAAGUUUUUAACACGACUAAUGCUUUGCCGAAUCGAGGUUACAACUUGAUAGCUAGCAGUAGCAAAUAUGGCUUAGUUUUCAUAACUUCGCCUGAAGGCAUGCUAUGUGUAUACUACCUGAAACAAUUAAUUGACAAAGAGUGUGAGCCUGAGCAUUUAGUUAUUCCAUUACCAAUGCAUCCUACACACAUAGCUGUGAAUUGCAAUCAAGAGUGGCUCGCUAUAAUCAAUGGACCACUUCUACUGGUUUAUAAAUGUUUGGACUUUCAAAACCAGGAUGUGAGACCUUCAGUUAUAAUGCAACUUGAACUAGCUCCUACCACUCUUGUGUCAUCAUUACAAUGGAAUCCUUGCAUAGCAGAUACAAUUGGCAUUGUUUUUGUUGAUGGUACUCUACUUGUGAGUCAGGUCAGCACGAUGCAAGUAAAAAAGAUACAAGCUGAUGCUAGAUGCCUCUGCUGGAGUCCUAAAGGCAAACAGCUUGUGACUGGCAACAGUAACGGGACAUUGAAGCAGUAUAAGCCAGAUUUGACACUAAUGAAAACAUUUCCUGCACCUAACCUGUUUGAGAAUUGUAGUGCAGAAGUAUUGGCAAUUCAUUGGAUAGCCACAUUUCAGUUUGUGGUAACCUAUAGGAAUGCUUCAGACAAUAGUCGACCAGCAGUUGCACUAGUCAACAUUAUAAAAGGUGGAACUCCCACUUGCUUCAACUAUGAGGAUAUUUGUUAUAGCAUAGGCUCUAACAGACCCUGGUAUUACUACUUACUUGGAUUUGCUCAAUGGAAUAUAAUACUUGCUGCAUCAUCUAAUAGUAUGGAAAUAGCAACUCUUGCUUCCACAGAUGGAUCAAAUUGGGUUCAAUGGUGUCAGUUGGAUGAAGCGAGACCAGAAUUACCUCUGACUGAUAAAAAUCAAGAAAACUACCCAGUUGGUAUUUGUAUUGAUACAGCCGCUGUACAUCAACUUCCUUGGGGUGAAAAUGAAGUUCUUCAACCAAUGCCUCUCCUCCACGUGUUGUCUCAAACUGGACUACUGUCUAUAUUUAAUAUUAUAAAUCUAAACAAACAAAGCCCUCAAGUUUGCACCCCAAUACAACCAUUGGAGCUCCCAGUACAAGCAUUAACCAGGGAAAUACCUGGACAAGCUCCUCAACCUGUUGCUAGUGCAGCUGUACCUGUUCAACAGCCAAAGCCAGUGCAACAACCAGUGAAACCAUUACAGCCGCAACCAGUGCAACAACAAACACAACCAGUUCAACAACAACCACAACCAGUUCAGCCACAACCGCAGCAAACUGUGGUAUUACAACAGGCAGCAAAACCAGUACAACCACAACCAAUGCAACCUAUGCAGCAACCAAUAACAAUACCUAAGCCACAGAUUCCACAAUCAGCAUCAACACCAGCAGCUAAUGUUUCUUUUGCUGUGAAGAAGGAAGCAACUGCAACUGUAUCAGAAUCCCAGAGUUCAGAGCAGACUCAAAAACAGUCCCAAAUGCAAGUACCAAAAGCACAGACGACAUCACCAGCUGUGAAUGCUGCUCUCAAACAAGAAGAGGAAAGAAUAAACAAAGCGAAAGCAGAACAAGAAUUGAAGAAUAUGUUGUUAAAAGAAAUUAAUGAUUUCCAAAUGGAAUUAUAUAAGUUUAUGAAGAGCACUUGGGAAAAACAGGAGAAGUUUGAAAGAGAACUCCAAUCUGUAGACUUGAAUCUCAAUAUAGACAUGGAUCCUGAAACACUAAAGAAAGAAUGUGAAAUAGAAGAUUUAUGUGAGACUAUCACACAACUCAAGUUGGAUUUGGUUAAAGCUUGUGCUAUUGUUGCAGAGUCUAGAGCACAUGCUGAAGCAAACGAGCACCGUGAUUGGAGACAAGCGGAUCCGCUAACAACUAAAAGACUUUCGUCUAUCAAAAAAAUGGUUUACUAUGUACAAAACCAACUUGAUCAAGCAAGAAAAGCGCUGGAGCUUAAAUGGAACGACGUCUCCUUAAGAGAUCAGCACGGCAAACCAGGAGAGCGCAUGAUUCGUCCCAUACUAGACGAUGUCUACCAACCACUUGUGAAGCAACAGGAGAUAUUGUGUAGACAACAGGCUGUAUUGAAAACAUUAAAAAACACAUUAAACGAAUGUAAUCAGACGCCAGUUGUUAAGUCUAAAUCACUCUUAAGAAGCACUCCGUUCCGAAAUAAAGAUCCACUCUCCAAACUUACAAAAAAUAUACUAAAUAUGAGCAUUGAACCAAAUAACAGAACAGAGGAUCAACCGCUCAGUGCACAGAAACUGGACGCUUUGAGAGAUCUUCUAUCAAACCACAAACCAAUCAAAAUCAAACCAGUCAAUGUAGAACUGCGUCAACAUUUGGAAACGCUGAAAAAGAGAUAUGAGAAAAGUUUGAAGGAAAAGAGUCAAGUUAAAAAGACGGAGAAUAUUGAAAAAAAUGAGAUUAAAAAAGAGGUACCGGUACCACAACCAAAAAUCGGUGAAAGUCUUAUCCAAACAAGCAAACCACCAGUUCACGUGGAACCGAAACCAGUGUUUGGUCAGAAUUUAUUCAUGCAGAAUGCGGCACAAGGCAUCGACUUUAAGAAAGAAUCCAACAUGCCUUUCAAAGAAAAAUUUGGAGGAAGCACAUUUUCGUUUACACAGACAAAACCAGAAGCACCGAAACCGGAUGUAGUGAAAGAAUCUCCUGUUUCAAUUCCAACAUUCACUCCAUCAAACAUAAAACCAAAGCCGACCGUGCAGAGUGUUGCUAGGACUUUAUUCACAGACGAACCAAAAGAAGAAAAACAAGCAACUAGUCAACCGAGCCAUUUGACCAAACCCGAUCAGCAAGCAAAUGCGAGUCAAUACACAAAAAAUCUCUUAAGGAAGAUGAUAUUAAAAGAAUCAGAAACAGAAAAUACUCAAGAACAGAAAGUGGUUGAACAAAAAAAUGACGCUAAUACUUUCAUGGGACAGAACAUUUGUUCUCCAACCGCUUUUACUUCGCCAUCUACCGUAUUCUCUAAACCGAUCGCUGAUAUGACAAACAUGUUCAACAAACUGGAACAAACCGUACCAAAACAAUCCGAAGAAACCGGUGAACCGGAAACUAGGUCCCCUAAACCUAAGGAAGAUAAACCGAUGACUAAUAUAUUCAGCAUGAAACCAUUGAGCAACAAGAACCAAAAUGUACCCGACCUAGUGAAGAGCCCCGGUUUUGGUAAGGACGAUACUAAAGUAGAGGAAAAAUCCAAAGAAAAUUCUGCGCAGAAACCUGUUGAGAACAAAAAUGAAUUGAAACCAACUGUCGCUCCCAUGACCAGCAAGCCGCCAGCGCAAUCUGUCAUUGUCGUUGAUCUUAAAAAACCAGCUGCUGAAGCCAAAGUUGAAAAAUUUACGCCGGCCAUAUUCAAAACAGAUGAAGCGUCUUCUUCAAAGCCUGAAACCACUACGAAAGCUGAACCAAUAUCUACCCCAGCUGCCGAAGAUUCAAAACCACGAUCUCCUGCCGCCUCUGAAGCCAAACCUGUUUUUGGAAUUGAACCUAAGACUAAAACUAAAGAAACAGAUUCUGAUAAACCAGCAGAUUUAACUGUAACUAAAUCUGAUACUGCUACAGUGGCUACUCCUGUGUCUAUUUCGACAAUAUUUUCCUCACCACCUAACGUGACUGUUACUUCUUCUGUGGUCUCCAGUACUUCUACGUCAAUAUUUAACACAACGACCACACAAUCUAGUUUUGGCAAUAAGCCCUCCGCAUUCGCUCCAAACACAGCCUCCUCAGUAUUCGGGUCAGCUUCAGCAUCUGUUUUCGGGACUCAAGCGCCCUCUUUUGGAACUGCAAAUGUAUUUGGCACUACUGCUGCUCCAACUUCUACCACACAAAGCAUCUUCGGCGCCUCUACUACGACUACUUCAAGUAUAUUUGGUACUACAACUACCACACAGAGUCUAUUCGGCGGAACAACGUCCGCACAAAGCAUAUUCAGCGCUGCUGCUUCUAAAUCUCUAUUCGGAACAACCCAACCGAACGCUAACAUCUUUGCUGCAACAACACAAACAACCGUGUUCGGUUCAAAGCCGUCUGUUUUUUCGUCUACCAGUUUCGGGUCAUCAACCCAACCGUCUAUAUUCGGUGCUCCCACAUCACAGCCCUCAGUAUUCAGUACUCCUGCUACAACACAAACUUCAGUGUUCGGUACACCAACAACAACUCAGUCGUCUGUAUUCGGCUCGCCUUCAACUACGCAGUCAUCAAUUUUUGGUACACCUACAACACAAGCUUCGGUAUUCGGUUCACCAACAACAACACAGACUUCGGUAUUUGGGACACCAACAACAACCCAGCCGUCAGUUUUCGGUACACCUACCACCCAAACAUCAGUGUUCGGUAGUACCAAUGCAUCCCAAACCUCAGUAUUUGGGAGUCCAACAACUACCCAAAGCUCUCUAUUCGGAGGUGCCGAAUCUAAUUUGUUUGCGGCUGCAAGUAUUUCGACUACCAGCGCUCCAUCGCAAGCUAGCGGGGGAAAUAUCUUUGGAAGUUCCUCGGGAUCAGUAUUCGGUAGCAACACUUCCAACGUUUUCGGUAAACCAGCAUUCGGCACGUCUACCUUCGGACAAAAACCAGCCACAGAUUUUUGGAGCGGCGGCGAUAAAACUAACAGCGGCUUUGGAACUUCCACCUUUGGUCAACAACCAACCACCCAACCAUCUAUAUUCGGUACAGGCACCUUCAGUGCUCCAGCUACAGGCAGUCCAUUCACCCCGGGGCCUUUCAGCGGAGAAAAACCCUCUGUUUUUGGGACCCCUAAUCAACAACCAGCUCCUGCAUUCGGCGGAUCGCCAGUUUUUGGAUCAAAACCAGUUUUCGGAGGAUCCCCUAGUUUCGGUGCAUCUACUUUCGGUUCCGGUUUCAAUAAGAGUCCCAGCAGUGGUUUCGGUGCACCGGCGACAUUCGGUGGCGGCUUCGGUUCCACCGCCUUCGGAGGCUCCUCGCCAGGGAAAAUGUUUGGAAACACCAACACUGGUUUCGGCUCUCCAUCUCAGCAAUCGAAUUCGACAUUUGAAAACCUAGCAUCACAGAAUACAUUGACGUUUGGUAACUUGGCGCAACAAUCAGGACAAUCGCCAACACAGCCGCCGAGCUUCAACACUUCCCCGUCGUUCACUGGCUGGCGCGGUUAA